UCCGAUGUCACGGCGGCAGAGACGAAACGCGUUUGUGUCGCUGUGACCACUGUGAGCAGCUGAAGUGAUAGUUACUCGCCAUUGUACGUCAUUGGUUUGUAGUUAGUGGCAGCUCCUCACGUUUAUUUGGAUUUAAAAAAUGUCUGUGGUGACGCUUCAGUUGGGUCAGUGCGGCAACCAGGUGGGUGUGGAGUUUUUUGACACCCUCUACAAUGACGCUCAGGCGGCCCAGAGCAAAACAUACUCUACUGCCUGCUGUGAACGUUUCUUCCGCCAAACUAAAGAUGGAGACCUUGUUGCCAGGGCAGUGCAGAUUGACAUGGAGCCGAAAGUCAUCAAGCAGAAUUUCAGCAAGACUGCAAAAUGUAGCGAGUGGAAAUAUGACGUUGCGUCAAGCUUCAACCAGCGUCAGGGGAGCGGCAACAAUUGGGCCAAUGGAUUUUGCAUCCAUGGCCCCCGUCACAAAGAAGCAGUGGAAGACCUCACGCGGCGAGAGGUGGAACGCUGUGACAGACUGAGUGGUUUGAUGGCCUCGAUGAGCGUGGCAGGUGGUACGGGCUCCGGAGUGGGCACCUACGUCACCCAGCGUCUUCGGGAUAUCUACCCCAAAUCCUUCAUUGUCAACCACCUCACCUGGCCGUACGCGGCAGGCGAGGUGAUCGUCCAGAACUACAACUCGGUACUAACGCUGGGUCACCUGUACCAGCUGUCAGACGGACUCCUGGUGCACGAGAACGACACGGUGCACAAGAUGUGCAGUCAGCUGUUGCGCAUAAAAGAUAUCUCCAUCGGCGACAUCAACAAGGUGAUCGCUCAUCAGUUGGGCGCCGUCCUUCAGCCCGCGCUCACCGCUGAGGCCAACGGUGUCUAUAGCAGGAAUCCUUUGGGGGAACUUGUAAGCGCCCUUGUGUGCCACCCAGAGUACAAGCUGCUCAGCAUGAGCACCAUCCCUCAGAUGCCAAGUUCCUUCAUGGCGUACACCACUUUCAGAUGGUCACCCCUGAUCAAAAACCUGCGCCAGAUGCUCAUCUCCAACACCAAAAUGGAACAAGGUAUAGAUCGACAGAUGCGCCCAUUGCCUGUUUCCGAGCGGACAAGGAGUCUGACCGGCUCUCGCGUCAACACUUCCUUGGCUAAUUUGCUUAUACUGAGAGGCAAAGAUGUGUUCAGUGCAGAGACAGUCGACUUCAGCGACGCAGCCGUUUACAGUUCAUGGCUCGCGCCUAAAGACGCCUUCAACGUGUGGAAAUGCCCGGUGCCGUUUAAUAAGUAUGAAAAAACAGCGACGCUGGUCAGCAAUAGUCAAGCUCUGAUCGAAUCGCUGGACGACAUUGUGAAAAAAGCCUGGAAUAUGUUUGCUGCAAGGGCAUACAUCCAUCAGUACACAAAGUUUGGGCUCUCAGAAGAGGAUUUCCUUGAAAACUUUAGUUUUGCGGAGCAAGUCAUUUCCAGCUACAGUCAACUGGGCUGUAAUGGCUAAAACAGAAGUCUUACAAAAUGUGAUCAAUGCACACAUGCAGCAAAUACUGUAUCUUUUUAAUUAAUAUAUUUUUGUUGCUUGAACCACCUAUGGCCCAUUCAACCGACUACAAUUAAAGGAACAACACUAUGUAAUUUCA